AUGGUCUGGAAAGAAUGUCUGCCGAAACGUCGCGUCUUUGAUACCAUGCUGCCAUGCUUCGUCUACGAGAACUCGACCUGUCGGGGAAAUGGUUGGGCGUCCCGAGAAGGCUGGAGAGCGCCCAUUAUCACCCGGGUCUGCCACGAGUCGCGCGCGAUCGCGUUCGAAACAGGCCGGGUGCUCUUCCCUGAGGACGACCCCAAUGUACCCGCCUACAUUGAGAGCAUGUGGUCCGACUCCACGACCGAUAUCGUGGCUCAGUACUGGCGCCCUGGGCUCGAGAGUGUCGUUUAUUGGGCGAUCGACGACCCGGACCCGUAUCUCUUUCACUACGCAUCUCGCUAUCAAGGGGCAAUGAUCGCCGAAGAGCGGCUCCAGGCGGCUUUGCAAUCGACGAACACGUCCGACUGGACGAUCCUCGCGCGGCUGAAGGACUGCUACGUCUGUCUGGCCAACCCCGUCAUGAUCCAUCUGACCCGGAGGGAAAUGCUCGCGUCGCAAUUAUUCGGUCGCCUAGGAGAAGAAUACACCCAGCUGAUCGACCCGGCCGACCAGCAAACCUUGAAGAAAUUCCACCAGCUGGCGCGGACCUCGAGCCAGCAAUUACCAGAGACCAUGAAGUUUUUCGACCAACUCUGCACCCCAUCAUUCCAGUCCCAAAUGCACACCUGGAGUCACGACACCAUGUCCCAUUGGAUUUGGAAAGAAUGGCUGAAAGAAAAACAGACGAAUUUCAGCGGGAUCGCGCGCCCCGACUUGAUCUGGAUGGGACCGCCAACGCCAACGAACGGCCGGCCGUUCGACCCGCUUUCGCCGCACUCUUUCACCCAACAGGGCCUUUUCGUCCCUAAUCUCUUGGAUGCGAGCCGCUUCUCAUACAACGGCAACCACCCGUGGGUGAGAGAGAAGCUGGCCGCAGCCCCCCGGUUCUACCCCCGCAUUAUGAUCCGCCCUUGCAUUCAGCAAUGUUGGCGUCCUCGAACCCCGCCGCGACGAGGCCGACCACGAGGACAUUACCGAGCGGGAGGAAGAUGA